AUGAAGAGUCACCUCAACACCACCUUGCGUCGUGCCGCUUCCACCUUGACCAAAGAGGCCGGUGACAUCAGCUCCGUCUUUCCCUCUCUAUCUGGCAAGAAACCUGAUCCUCUGCCACCACGGUUCAGCGCGUUGAAGAAGAAAUUGAUCAAGGGCAAUGAAGACGCCAUAACAGCGUCCUGGCAGCGACUGUCGGAGAGUCUGGAGCGGGAGAUUGCCGAGAUUAGAUCACAAGGCAGUAACGUUAUUCCUAGCAUUGAAUUUCGGGAUAUCGUUGCUGGGACUGUGCCUCGCGCGAAGCUCGACGCGCUCCGCCAUCGAGGGACUGCGGUCAUUCGUAAUGUUCUCCCUCGAGAGCAGGCGCUGGAUCUCAAACGGCAAGCCAAGGAAUAUAUUGCCGCGAAUCGGUCCAAAGUCAGAGCUUUCCCGCCAGAUAAUCCUGCCGUGUACGAGUUGUAUUGGACUCCUUCCCAGAUCCAAGCACGGGCUCAUCCGAACAUGCUGAAAGCGCAGUCUUUUCUCGCCUCUUUCUGGCACUCCUCCGACCCGUCGUCAGAGAUAUCUACAACCUACCCUCUGACUUACGCUGACCGCUUUCGCAUCCGGCAACCGGGCGACGCAAAGUUCUCACUGGGCCCGCACACUGAUGGGGGAAGUCUCGAGCGCUGGGAAGAUCCCGAGUAUGCUCGCGUAUAUCAGCCCAUCCUCAAGGGUCGCUGGGAAGAGUAUGACCCCUUCGACGCACGCCACCGCAUCGAUGCCAGGAUGGACUUGUACAAUGGAGCCGGUGCUUGCAGCAUGUUUCGCUUGUUUCAGGGCUGGCUGUCCAUGUCCUCAACGGGCCCUGGUGAAGGCACCCUGAGAGUCUGCCCCUUGAUUCGGCAUGCCACAUCUUACCUGAUACUGAGACCAUUUAUCGAUCUUCAGACCGGCAAGCUGAACCUGGACGCCACGUUUCCAAACUCCGUACCAGCUGCAUGUCAGGAAUAUGACCCUGUAUCUCACCCUGGCCUCGAGCUUGACACCACUAUGGUGAGCAUGCCCAAAGUUGAACCGGGUGAUUAUGUCGCUUGGCAUUGUGACAUGAUCCACGCGGUAGACAAGGAGCACCGUGGCAAAGGUGACAGUAGCGUCAUGUAUAUUCCUGCAUGUGCAAUCACCGGGCCCAAUGUCGAGUUCUUGAAGAGACAACGGAUGAGUGCACUGGCAUACAGCCCGCCGCCAGACUUCCCCGGGGCCGGUGGUGAUGGCGAGGUUGGCUUUCUUGGAGCUGUAUCCUGGGAUCAAGUCAAUGAUGCAGGGAAGCGCGCCAUGGGACUGGGAAAAACGAUGUGGGAUUUCUCUCCGGACAUGAGUGAAGGAGAGCGGAAGGCGAUUGAAGCUGGCAACAGGACGCUGUUUGGUUGA